UGCUAUGGUAGACACAAAACUACACAUGUGUACGACACACAAAACUACACAUGUGUACGACACGCAAAACGUCGCCGACAAAACACCCACGUAGACAGGGGCCAAAAACGACAAGAAAAGAAAUAGUCUAGAAUACAGGAUCCAGACCUGAUCUGAGCGUAUUGACCACAUCGGCAACGCAGUUCCAUCCAGUAUCCUGAACUGGUCAGUGUCGGUUUAUCGACUCCCCUCCCUCGCACAAAUAGCGCCCUCCAGCCGUGUGUCUCUCACCCUUUCUCUACUCGCUACGGCCGCUUAUAUUAAAGGAGAAACUAGCUGGCAUAGAUUAUGCUUAUGCGUUGUAUCACCAGGAAUGCUGUAUGAAUCCACUCUGUCGUCUCAACACAUCUUUGCAUCAGCUUGCUCCAUCGUGUUCAAGCCUGGAUAGCUCUAUCAGACCAGAACACAUCAAUCACCGAUCAAACCUCAACCAGUUGGUUAUCAAACCGUAAAUCACUUUACAAUAUACCAUUCAGACGUUGUUCUUAGCUUUACCGACACGUCCAUUUUCUUCAUAACUUGCCAUAUCGUGGCAGUGAUUCCGAGCUCAAGGAAGAGGACUCAAGACAUUAAUAAAUAAAAUGCUGAUAUCGAGACCAAAUCAACCUGAUUGUUGACGUAUCCAAGCCCAGUUGAUCUGUGCCUGGAAUUUAAAAAAAUAUUUCACAUUUUGCAAUGUAUCGUAUGUACCAUGAACCUGGGGAGCGUCACUGCCCACUGAGCUAUGAGGAGCAAGUGGACCUGGCUCUGUACGAUGCCAUUCUCAAUAAUGACAUGACGCAGGUCAAAUAUUUGACCCAGCAUACCAAACGUGACCUGAACAACUGUUUCCUGGUCGUCAGGCAUAAAAAGCAUGAGUUUAACAACCCUAUGCGCCUCGUUUCCAGUUGUGGCCACGCCCUGAUGCUCAAAUUUCUCAUCGAGGCCGGAUGUGACGUAAACAAAAUCAGCAAGAGGUUGAGAAGGACCCCAGUUCAUAUGGCUGUUCUAGGGAACAACAUGAGCUGCCUCCAACUGCUGAUUGCGGCGAGGGCCAAGCUGGACAUCAGAGAUGUGUUUGGGAACUCCCCGUGCCAUUAUGCAGCAGAGCUAGGCCUCCACGGUAUGCUGGACAUGAUGAUAAGAAUAGGGACACAGGUCAACAGCCAAGACAUCACAGCCAAGACUCCGCUCAUGAAAGCUGUCCGGAACAACAAGACAGAGUCCACACUGAGGCUCAUUAGGGCUAAUGCAGACUUGAACAUUGCCGACAACAACAAUGAGGUUGCGCUGCACUUUGCGGCAAGGAACGGAAGUGUUGAGACCGUAGACGCCCUUAUCUCUUCUGGGAGCUUAAUAGACGUUCAGAACCUGUGGGGUCGUAGUCCUCUCAUGGAAGCAGUUUGCUAUAACAACAGAGAGGUCGUGCAGAGGCUGCUAGCGGCAGGAUGUGACAUCAACAAGCGCGAGUGCAAGUCUGGAGACACCGCACUGCACAUUGCUGUCAGAAGGAAGUAUUCCAGAGUUGUCGAGCUGUUGCUUCAAUACAUUCUCCUCUCCCCCAGCUAUACUUUGAACAUGCUCACCAGCUAUGACUGGGAUAUUCACAAAUAUUUACAAUUUCUGGAACAAGAAGGGCAAGAAAAAUCACUAUUUUUUAUUGCUGCAGACGGACACUGCUACAAGACAUGUCUGCUCCUUGCAUCUUUGGGCUCCAUUGACCAAAGUGCUCGCCCCAUCCUGCAAAACAGACUUGAGAACAUUGACCAGACUGAUUCCAAUCAUCAGAACCUGACCAUGCUCUUGGAAGCCAUGAAAACUGUCAUUCCUCUGAAGCAUGUUUGUAGAAAUGUUAUUCGCAAAAGACUGGGUGUCGAUCUUUCCAGAAAAAUUCCAGCUUUACCAAUACCAUUAGUUGUUAAGGAUUAUCUUCUGUUUAAAUCAAAACAGGAGUCUGUAGCAGGUAGCAAAUAACAAUUUUAAGUCUUUAGUCACUAGUGGAAAAAAAAAGGCUUAAAGGCAGUUUAAAAAAUUAAUCUUAUUUCACUAGUUAGACUUUAGAUGGUUUAGGUACUGGCGUUAAAAGGAAUGGGAAAAAAUAGGUGACUGCUUUUGGCUCCAAUUGCCAGUAGAGCAAUUUUUGUUUUCCUGCAAAUAGUCUACAACUUACAGGUCCAUAUAUUUGAAAUGUGCGACAUUUCUCUGGUUAAUUAAGGGAAUUACCAAAAUGGUUGCUAGCUAUAUUAAUACUUCCAGUACAUUUUUCCAUAAUUACGACAGAUCGAGGUCUGGGAGGAAGUAACUAUCAGUAUCCAAUGAUUAUUUUCUACUGUUACUGUUAAAAACAACGGGUUAAAGAUCCGAAUGACUUCUGUAAGAUUUGACAUUGUAAUUUCAAAGUGAAAAGGACCUUAGAAUAAGGAUCACAUGGCUUUUAUUAAAGCUAAUAACCUGUUUACUAAAUGGUUUUACAUGUUGCAAUAUCAAUUAGAUUUUUUUUCUUCUGAAAUAAUCAUUUUAGUGGAAUUAUUGUUGUUUAUAUCUCUUCCUGAGUCAUGUCAGUUCUGAACAGUAAAUUGUAAUGCGUUUAGUUUCAAAGGUAUAUGACUGUGAUAGAUUUGCUAACGAAAGAUGGCUGCCUGGUCGUGCGGUUUGCACGCUGGACUGUCGUUCAGAUUUAUCGAUGGUCCCGGGUUCAAACCCUGCACGCUCCCAUCCCCCGUCGUCCUGCGGGAGGUUUGGACUAGGAAGUAAUUAUCUUCAACUCUGAAGGAACAUCCGAAACAUGUAAAACAAAACAUUUUAAGAUCUUACUAAAUACAGCUGUAAACAUUGUAAAGAAAGUUUACCAUUUUAAGAAUCAAGUGUUAAAAGCCACUAUUUAAGAAAGAGCUUAACUAGUGACAAUUAAACUAUAAUCUGUAGCUUGUGUCAAAGGGUGUGCUAGUGAUUCCAUGAAGGAUCAAACAAUUAGUCGAAGUAGCUCUUUCUAAAAUUACUUUCUAUCAGAAGUAUGACUACAAUUCUUUGAGCUCAAUUGCCUCCCUUGUCUGUAAAAGUAAGGACGAGAAUUUUUUUUUUAAUGUGUGUGCAUCCUGUCAACUGUUUUUUCUCUACUCUGUAUAUGCUAUACCUGGGUUCUGUCCAUUGUAAACCCAAUUACAUUUUCCUACAAUUUUUCAUGAGUCUCAAAUGAAUUACAGAAUAAAUAACUGUGAAAGAAAAACAAAAUAUGGUGUUUGACAGAUGCUUUAGUUAAAGCAUGCUGGGAAAUAAAAAUGUAAAUGCUUUGAAAAGUAAAUAAAUAGCUUGUUAACAGUUUUCGGAUACCAGAGAUAAGCUUACUGUGUAAAAUAUUGCUAAAGAAGAUAUUGCUCUUUAUUUUUUAACCAAUGUAGCAAUGAGUACAACUUAUAGCACGAACGAAAACAAUGCUAAUGGACGUGUAUUGAAUUAUAUAUAUUUAUAUAUAUAUAUAUUGAAUUUUCUUCAAUUUUUAAAAUUAAAAAUAAAAUGGUAGCUUAUUUUAAUUAUACACAUUUUUUCAGCAAAUAACUUUGAAUUGACUUUAAUUUGUAUAGUGUAAAUGACCAGCUUUUUAAAAAAAUCUAAUCAGGUAAAAAUGAUUAUUGACAACUAAUUCUAAUAUUCUCUUGGAAAUUAUUUUUUCUUUCCUUUAUAAUGUUUUUUUUUUAAAACUAAUUCUUGUAAUGCUUUUAAAAUGUUAAUUAAGAAAUCAUAAGUAUUACUAAAUUAACAGUUGAAAAUGUGUGCAUGAUUUUUGUUGGUAGACACAAUAUAUGGAACAACUGCUUUGAUUAGUAUAAAGUACAUCUUAUUUCUGUUUCUUUUCUCACAAGGAAUAAAGACAACUUUGUCUUGAACUAUUCUGAAUCUUUGUAUAACAAAAAGUGAUCAAGUUCUGAAAAUAACCCUGAUAUCAUAUUCUGAGUAUUAAGUCAUACUUAAUAUGUUUAGCACACUCUGACCCCAACAUUCCAGAGUGCCCUGUUGACAAAUUCUGUGAUUCACUAAGAACAGCUAACAAAAAAAUCCCAUUAAGAUUGUAUCCUACGUGAAAGUUCUAUGAUACUCAGGGAAGUGUUUUAGAAAAACAGAAUACAAGCCCACAAUUGUAGGGCACGUCUAUGAAUGGUGAAAUCUAGCCGAUUUGAUAGUGAAAUAGUCAUCAUUAUCUACUGUCCUUAACGGCUGCCUAAAAGGGUGAUAACUCAAAGAAUAAUAUAAACGGGUUAUGAGUUGGAAAGGUUUUCUAUAGUAAUUAUAUUGUGUUGUGGAAAAUUGAGAAAUCUGAUUUAAAAAAAAAAUAAAAAAUUUUAAGACUAAAUUUUUCUUGCUAGUGGUUUUUGAUUGCACAAUACGUUAAAAAAAAAAGAUUAAUUAUUUAAAUGUAACUUUUUUACUUUGAUGAUUUCUGUCUAACAAAUUCAAUAUUUUAGUGCAACAAAACCUUAACAUUAAUCCCCUCCCCCCUUUUAAAUUAUUUAAUGUAUUGCCACUAAUCAAAACUGCCAAGUUGUCAAUGUAAAUUAAAAAAAAAAAAAAAAGUCAAAGCUAAUUACCUUUAGGGUAGCAAUUGCAAAAAAUUUGUUUUAUUUGAAAGUAAAAAUACAAUCUAUAGUAAACCAAGCUUCCAUUGGAACCAUAUCUAAUUAUAGGAACAUGUAGACUGAAAUACUCAAGUUUUGGCUUUAGUUUCAUUCCAAUAUAUUUAUUUUUGUACUACAAUUUGAUUUCUCCACCCACCCCCCAUCUAGGUUACAAUUUAUUUUUAAGUUAAAUAACAUGCUGAACUCCGCAACACAAAAGUGGCAAGGCAUUUAAUUCAUUGUAUGUGUAAUGACAUAUGUAUGUACAUGCUAAACAUUCUCUAAGUUAUAAUCAGAUGGAGUGCAGCCUCAAAAAAGUAUUUGUUAAGAUACACACCUUAAUAAGCAAUUACAAGUUUGCUCAUUACAUUAUACCAAAUAUGUAAAUGUUUUUUUCUAUCCUUAAACAUAUUUAAAAAUUCGUAUACACAUAGAUACAAAUAAAGCCCAGUUAAUUUGAGACAUUUUUAAUUUUCUGAUACCUUUAUAAAUAUGCUUACUUUUUAAAUAUUUGUGUACCUACCAUAGUUGGUAUCUGAAUUUUUCAUACAUCCCAUUGAUUAAAACUGAAGCUAGUGCAACCUUGAUGACAUGAUAUAAAAAAUGUUCAAAAGACAAUGGUGGUGAUAAUUUACUAUUUAUUAUUACCAAAUAUAAAAAAAAAGAUAACAAGUAAAAAUACCUGUUUGUUUCAAAACUAACACAAUGUCAAAAUAAAAUGGAUAUAUAUAUAUACACAAGUUUGAACAGGUGGAGAGGCUGACUUAUAACAAAGAGAAUACCCUAAGACAGUUUGGAGAAGAGAAUCAUACAUUUCAGCAAGCUGUAACAGUUUUUUGUUUCAUUCCUUGUUUUCAAAAAUAAAUAUAAAAAAAAAUAACAGCUGAUCUUU